AUCGAAUUUCGAAACCCAAGGAUCUCUCUCUCUCUCUCAUUAAGGAAAAUUUAUCAAUUUGUCCGAAUUCCGAAAGCCACUACGUGAUACAUGGAUGGUUUUUAUGCAAGCAGUAUUUAUAUGUGGUGUCCUUGGAGGACAAGAAUAACAGAGGAACAAGAACACGACAUUAUGGUCUCAGUUCUCAAGCACGUUAUCACUGGCGGCAUUCAAGGUCUCACCCCACAACACUUUCAACUAUUACAACAGAAACCAGUACUCCCGCCGCCUACAUCAGCCACGUCCUCAUUGGCUUCAACUAGCGGGGCCAGCACCAGCACCAAGAGGAGCUCGAAGAAGAAGAAGAACAAUGAUAACAAUGAGAAGAAAUACAGGGGAGUGAGGCUGAGGCCUUGGGGGAAAUGGGCGUCUGAGAUUCGAGACCCAAGGAAAGCGAAGCGCAAGUGGCUAGGUACGUUCCCGACGGCGGAGGAAGCUGCCAGGGCUUAUGAUAAGGCUGCCAUCGAUUUCCAUGGACCCAGAGCCAAGCUUAAUUUUCCAUUGUCAGACUAUUUGGUAGAAGAUCAGCUUCACGAACAGGUUCACAAGCACGAGGUUAAUCCAAAUGUUAUUGCGGAGACACAGAUUGUGGAAAUGCCUGAAAGCAGUGACGAAGAGAAUGAGCUUUGGGAUUCACUUACGUCGGAGGAACUUGAACAGUUAUUGAGGGAUUAGUCUGUGCAGUAAGCCCACCCUGCAGCUGAGCUAGAGAAUUUAGAUUAGAUUAUGGUAGAAAUAGAGAAUCAAAUAAUGUGGACUUUAGGGAAAUAUAUGAUCUUCGUAUUAAGUCGUGCCCAUUUCGUCCACAAUAUAGAGAAAUUACGGUUUUCUUUUAUCAAUUUAUUUUUUAAUAUAAAAAAUUCCGCUUGUUAUUAGAGCGGGAAAUCAGAUGAAA